AUGGAUGUUGAUUUGGAGAAAAGAACUAAAGUCUCUAGGGCUUGUGACUAUUGUAAAAAGAGAAAAUUCAAAUGUUCAGGAGUUGCACCAUGUGAGUUGUGCACCAAAAAAGGUAUUGAAUGUGAGUUUAGUAUAAUAGAUCGAAGAACAAUCCGUCGGAAGAAUAAGAAAAGAACAGUCAGAAAUAAACCAAGUAGUUCAGCAAUCACAAAGAAUGGUAAAGAUGAUGAUCUGAUUGAUAAAAAAACUUUGAAAAUGUUGACUAAAAAGUCAAAAAUCCCCCUGCAAUAUGAACCAUUAUUGACUUUCCCAUUACACAAGCUAGAUAAUAACUCCACCAAGACAACAACUGAGAAUAUUAAUGGUGAAUCAAAGACAAUCUCCUCUUCAGGUACUACAGGCAAUAGCGUGGGGACGAAGCCCGUUGAGUCUAAUGGAAAACAAGAAGAACAAUCACAGGUCGAAGACGCCAAUGAUGAGGCAAUAACUAAGAAGAUAGUCAUGGAAGAGGAACGAGAUCCACCGAAGGUUUUAUAUGAUUCAGAAGGGAAUUUGCGUUAUGUUGGAGAGAGUUCUCCUUUAUCCUUUCUUUUUGAAUGCCGAAAUAUUUUUCUUGAAAGACUUGGGCCAUCUAAAUUCACUUCAGAAACCGAUUGUCUAGAAGUUAUUGAUGAACCAGAUGAAUCAAUGGAAAUUCUACAAGUUGCUCUCCCGAGCAAACAUUUAUCAGAUGAGAUUGUCAAAAUUUUCUACACUAAUAUUCAACAGGCUUGUUAUUUUUUUGAAGCAGAAUAUUUUGUAAACAAUAUCAUAAACCCUGUUUACACAAAUUACAGUGAAUGUACCCCUGAUAAAAUUGCCUUAGUUAAUUUAGUAAUUUCGUUAGGUUUACUUUUUGCAGAAGCAAAUAACAAUCCAAUACUAAAAGAACUACAAUCACCAACAAUGCAAUCAUCUGCGUAUUUCGAAUUUGGGUUUUAUUUGACUAAGAAACACAUGAGUAAAGGGAAGUUAUGGAUUACUGAAGCCUAUUCUUUGGCGUAUUGUUACUACCAAGCAAAGCAACAGAGAAAUGCAGCAUGGUUAAUGUUGGGAAUGGCGAUUAGAAAUGCUCAAGCGUUAGGGUUGCAUAGAAGAUAUAUCAAUGAAUCGUUCAAAGAUCGCAAAUAUAUUCUUCAUAGAAGGAGAUUGUUCCGAUCGUUGUAUUUGCUAGAUCGUAUAACUUCAAUCUUAUUAGGACGUCCAUUAAUCAUUGAUGAUUACGAUUGGGAUGAUUUCGAUUGUGAAGAUAUUUUUGAUAUUGGAGAAGAUGGAAAACCCCUUGAAAGUUUCAGAUUCCAAUGUAUGAUUGAAUCAUGCAAAAUCUCAAAGCUCAUUGGCAAAGUAAUAAGAAAUUUUUAUUUAGAUGGUAUAAUCAAUCCAUACAAGGCGGAAAAGCUUGCAAUCGAGCUCAAAUUGUGGAGUCUAAAUUUACCAGAAGAACUACAGAUUGACAAAGUGUUUGUUAAGAAUUCAAAUCCAACUAGAGGAAGCAACGAUGGUGCUGAUAAUAAAAUGCCUUUGAUGAUUAUGCAUUUAUCUCAGUUGUAUGCAAUAGUUUUACUUUGUCGUCCAUUUUUUAUGUAUCUUAUAUUCAAAAGGAAGAAAAAGAGAAAGAACAUUCUCAAAAGACCAAAAACUAGACCAGAGAUUGCAAUGUGCAACUUCUGUAAGGCAACUGCUAAAGCAUCCGCUUUAAUAAUUCAACUUGUUGAAAACUAUAUAAAUUCGAUACAAUAUCUCAGUGCAAGAGCUGAGCUGCACGGCCUUACCCACACAUGUUUCUUGGCCGCUUUGAUUAUUGGGUUGUCCUUAUUAUAUUUGGAAGAUAAUGGUUAUAAUAAAGAGGAUGGCUACACCCCACAAAAGCAAAUGGGAUAUUUAAACUCAUCGAACAAGAUUUUUGAAUAUUAUGCAAGGUCCAAUCCAAUUUCAUUAAGGUUCCAAAACAUUAUUAGUCAAAUGAAGCUAGCAUUGAUGGAGAAGUUCAAUCUUGAUGAAGAAGGAAACAGAAUUAACAAUCCCGAAUCAAAAGUAGAAGUUUCUCAUGGACCUACUCCAGCCCAUACCCAACAACCACAACCACAGCUACAGCAAGAACCACAACCACAACCUGCACAGCAACAACAUCAACAACAACAACCGUCUACACAACAACCAAUGCCUACAAACCCUGGUAUAUUUGGUGAAGUAAACCCGGAUGUUCCGUUCAAUGAAGAUUAUGAUAAUUUUAUUGAUAAUUUUGGUAACUUAUUACCGAUGGCUACAAUGAAGCAGUCAAUGACAAAUAAUAUUGCUUAUUUGAUGAAUGCAAGACCGUAUCAAGAUAGUGAAACUCCUGAGCAGGCUCAUCUGUCUGUCCCGCAAUCUGUAUCAAACGAGCGACAGAAUCAUUACCAAUACCUGCCUACUUCAGAUGCAAGCUCCACAAACCCUUCAUCAUCACUGUCAUAUAACGGUCAACUGCAUAGAGGUGAACCAUUGGAUGCAUUUAUGCAUAGUGUUGGAUUGAAUGAUAUUUUGUAUGAUGCUAAAUAG